AACAAACCCUAUCAUUGUCUCUCUCGUCUCCCUCUGUUCGUUCCAUCGUCUUGCUGCGCCUACCUUCCUCUGUUCUCUCUUAACCUUCUCCUAUUUGUUCUAAAAACUCAUCCUUUUCUCGUAAAACCCAAUUCAAAAAUCCCAAUAUUAAUUAGUUUCCAAGGUGAACAAACAAUGGCAGCAAACUCGGAAGAGCAGAGGACGACGACAAGAGAUAGUAUUUACAAAGCUGCCAGGAGUAUAAAACGACGAGACAACAGUCUCUACAACGCUCUUCGAUCUAUCUACCAAGACUCCAUCUUCGUCCGCGAGAUCUCUCAGCUAUGGCCUAAGCUCCCUCUUCUUGCUAACCUUCGUUGUGGUCUCUGGUACUCUCCCACAUUCGACGCCACCUGCUACUUCAAAUCCACCGAUGGUCAUACAAACAAUCUCUCUUUUAACACUUCUCGUCUCAAUCUCCAUCUUCCUCUUCUCGCUGGAGAGAAAGGAGGAUGUAUCAUUAUUGAUUCCACUCGGAAAGGAAAGAGAUUUCCGGAUAGCAUGUCGAAGACGAUACCUAUAUGGUCAUGUGUCUUGAACCGUUCAAUUUUUAAUCAUAUGAAGAGAUUAUGUAACACUGUUGGAGGAUUGGAUGAUGAUCAUGAUGGUGAUAAGAUAAGGAAGUUGUUAGAGAAAUGGGAUUGUUCGUUACAUUUACCACUUUGGGUUUCAAAUACUGAGAGGGCUUCUAUUGAGGCUAGAUUGGAUGAGUGGACAAGAGAGUUAGAUGAAAGUGGAGCUGAUAUAUCUUCUUUAGUUUCAUGUUUGAGAAAGCCUUUGCGGCCUCUUUGGGUUUCACAGAAAACUGUUGUGUGGUUGAAUGAAGUACCUGAUCAUGAUUCAUGGGAUUUCACACCUCUCAUACUUGUCUCAGCGUCUGUUUCUGGUGAAGUACAAAACAGAACCAAUUCAGAGUUUAGUUGGAAUUAUAUUCCAGGAGCUGGUGAUGAUGAAGAGAGUUGGGCUAGAGGUUUAUCUCCGAAUGUUUUUUGGACACAUGUUGAUGAUUUGAUUCAUUGGGGGCCUGAUUUGUGUAACCAGAAAGUGGCUGAGAUUGUUGAAAACGAUAGAGUGUAUAGAGCACAGAGAGGUCAGGAAGCUCCACAGGUUGUUGUUAAGUGCUCAAAAUCUAAUGGUGGAGUCGAUCACGCUAAGAGUGGUGAAAUCAUGUUUCUUAGUACACCAAAACCUAAAGUUGGGAUGAUGAAUGUUGAUGAAGAAAGCUUAGUGUCUUGGUUGGCAUCAACGAAUCUUGCUGUUGGGGCAUCACAAGUAGCUGGUAAAAUGACAUCUAUUGACUGCAUAUUAAAUUGUGAUCAAAAUCCCAUCUCAGUCCCUCUAUCACAUCUUGAAGAGCAUUUGCAUCUACCCAUGAAGGGUUCAAAAUAUGAUAGAUUUUCCAUAUCAAGAAAUCUCCGUGCCGCGGUUAACUUUGCUAAGGUCAAGAUGAGUUCAGGGAAGAAGCUCUUAGUUUGCUGUCAAGAUGGGGAAGAUAUCAGUGUAUGCGUUUGUUUGGCCAUCUUGAUAUCAUUAUUCAAUGAAGAAGGGGCCUUUGAUGGAGGAACAUGUUUUAAAGAGAAGAGUAUAACAAAAAUGGAAAUGCGACGGAUGCUAAUAUUUAUAUGCAAAUACGCCGUGAAUGCUCGGCCAUCUAGAGGAAAUCUUAAGCAAGUUUUUGGUUUUCUCUCGUCUCAGCUCGAAAAUUCAGACCAGUGAAGACAAAGUAUACCUCAAAGUUGUAACUGUUAAACUUGCAUUUUCACUAAUGUUGUAGUAGUAAAUUUUUCACUGAUUUGCAAAUUGCUGCUAAAAUAUAAUCCUUAUUAAAUUCAUUACAUUUUUUUCUUA